UGGACUUCUCUCUCUCUAAGGGUGACCUGAGAUCACAUACAAAAAUGGUGAAGGCCGUCGCCGUCCUUAACAGCAGUGAAGGUGUUAGUGGCACCAUCCUCUUCACUCAAGAUGGAGAUGCUCCAACCACAGUUAAUGGAAAUAUUUCUGGCCUAAAACCUGGACUUCAUGGCUUCCAUGUCCAUGCCCUUGGUGAUACCACAAAUGGCUGCAUGUCAACAGGACCACAUUACAAUCCUGCUGGUAAGGAGCAUGGUGCUCCUGAAGAUGAGGUGCGUCAUGCUGGUGAUCUUGGUAACAUCACAGUUGGAGAAGAUGGUACUGCAUCUUUUACUAUUACCGACAAGCAGAUUCCUCUCACUGGUUCACAAUCCAUCAUUGGAAGAGCUGUUGUUGUUCAUGCUGAUCCUGAUGAUCUUGGAAAGGGAGGACAUGAGCUCAGUAAAAGCACUGGAAAUGCUGGCGGAAGGAUUGCUUGUGGUAUUAUUGGCCUCCAGGGUUAAUUGCUCCUACGGGGUGAAGAUUCAGCAACUAGCGGUGGUGGUCUUAGAAUAAAGUUUUAUUGGAGCGGCUGAGCCUUGUUUUCUAUGUAUUUAUCAUGUGACGCCUUUUGAAUUUUCAUAAUACAUUGACUUCAGUGUAUGUUGUACUAGUUUUUGCCGAUCAUUAACCAUAAAAAAAAUGCGGGCCGUUAGCUUUGCUGGUUUCUUAAA